AUGAGGGUCCCCAUGGAGGGCACCUCCAGAGACUUUCUGCUUCCCCAUCCCACGCUGGUCCUCGGCCUGAGUCUCCUGGUGUGGAGGACAUGGAUAAUAAAUAUGAAGAAUUGCAAAACGCCCCCUAAUUUUAAAAAACUGAUUGCCUCCACCAUCUCGCAUAGCAUUGCCUCAAGCAUGAAACAACAACAUAGCAAAGAUCCAGUCCUCAAGAAGGCUCAACCUCCCUCGACCCUGCAGGGUGCAGGGAAGAAGGCAUCGGACCCUGUCCUCCCUCCUGAAGAGAGAGAUGCUCCUGGUUCCCCUUCCCUGGCUAGUGGAGGGUCAGUGUCUGGGGAGGAACCCAUGCGCGGCCUGGUGAUGUCCGAUGAGGAGGACACAGGAAAGCAGGAUAUUCCCUCCUUUGCUGGCCUUUUUCAACCCUCAUUGUUUAAACAGUUAUUAACCAAGACUAAGUUGGGCGGAAGCGAUUCAACUCCCACUCCAGAGUCUCAGAAGGACCCAACUAAGACUAUGUUUGUCAAAAAACCAUUAGAUAAGGAAGAAGUCCCAGUGCCUCCUCUUUUCCUAGAAGUAGUUACGACUUCAAGACAUCUCCUGUGGUUAAAGAACUGGCAGGUAGAUAAUAAAUUGAAAUUUCACCUUACUUCCACACCAUACACUCGUGGGAAUCUAUUUGGAGAGGCCUUGGAACCAAUCUUGGUUGAAAACAAAGAAAAGAAGAAAGUCCUCCCAUUAACGACCAAGUGUCAGGAGAACCGCCCUGCACCUUAUCGCAAGGGAUCUUUCUGUACCUCUGAAUCUGAAUUCCAACAGAACAAAUUUAUUCCCUACGACCUCGAGGAACUGGGCAGAAGGAGUAGAGGCAUGGCUGCAACAAUUUCUCAGAUUAUGGGCCAAUCAGGAUUGACGAUAGCCCACUGGCACCUCCUGCUCAGCAUUAGAAUCGACAUACAGUUGGAAGACAACUGGGAGCAAGAGAAGAAAAUCCGUGCCGAGGUUGAAAAAGCCCGUCGCAAAGCGGAGGGCGAUCUGAAGAUGACCAUCGAAAAUCUGAACGAAAUGGAGAGGACUAAGCUGGAUUUGGAAGAGGUGGUGAAACCUCUUCUGAACGUUGCCCGUCAAGAGGAGGAGAUGAAAGCAAAGGAGGAAGAGCUGAGAAACGCCAUGUCCAAGACUCAGGAACUGGUGGACCGCAUCAAGGAGUUGGAGGAGAAGUUGGCCACCCUUAGCCAAGAGAAGAAUGAUUUGACCAUCCAACUGCAGGCUGAACAAGAGAACCUGACCGAUGCGGAAGAGCGCCUGACUCAAAUGAUGAAGGCCAAGAUGGACCUGGAGAGCCAGAUUUCCGACAUGAAAGAACGCCUGGAGGAGGAAGAAAGCUCAGCGGCCUCCUUGAGCGCCCACAAGCGCAAGUUGGAAGCGGAACUCAACGAUCUCAAGCGAGACCUCGAGGGCCUGGAGACCACCUUGGCCAAGACUGAGAAGGAGAAACAAGCUCGAAUUGAAGAAUUGGAAGAAGAACUAGAAGCAGAGCGAUCCAUAAGGGCGAAGAUUGAGAAGCAACGCAGUGACCUCUCCCGGGAACUGGAAGAGCUAACCGACAGACUUGAAGAAGCUGGAGGUGCUACCACAGCUCAGAUUGAGCAGAACCGCAAACGGGAGGCCGAGCUGCUUAAGCUCCGGCGAGAACUGGAAGAAGCCGCCUUGCAGAGCGAGGCCACGGCCUCCACCUUGCGCAAGAAGCACACCGACGCCAUGGCCGAGAUGACCGAACACCUGGAGAACCUUCAAAGGGUCAAAUCCAAGCUGGAGAAAGACAAGCAGGUCAUGAAGGCCGAGAUCGAUGAUCUCAGCAGCAGCAUGGAAAACGUCCAGAAGUCCAAGAUUAAUGCCGAAGCUCAUGUCCGCAGAUUGGAGGACAACCUGGCUGAAGUCAACGCCCGAUUGGCUGAGAUGGAAAGGAAUCAAGCAGAAACGAACGCCGUCAGGAACAGACUCCAAGGACGCUUGUCUUCUUCUCCUUCCCAGUCCAACGCAGCCUGUGCUGCCCUGGAUAAGAAGCAACGGGCCUUUGACAAGAUGAUGGCUGAAUGGCAGCAGAAGUGUGAGGAGCUCCAAUUGGAGGUAGACAAUUCCCAGAAGGAAUGUCGCAUGUACAUGACGGAGAACUUCAAGCUCAAGACGGCCUAUGAGGAAGCCCUGGAGCAGCUGGAAUCCGUGAAGAAGGAAAACAAGACUCUUCAAG